AACUUUUUAAAUAAUAAACUACUGUUUAUAAGAUGGCUACUCAAAUGAUUUGUCUUGUAGUUCUUCUAACCGCUGGACUAUCUCAGGGACAAUUAUUCCCUGAUUUCGAUCAAUUUAACCCGUUGAACGACAAUUCCGAGAUACCAAGUUCAGACUCUGAAACAACCACUGCUGUUAAUAAAAACGAGAGUACUACAGAGGGUUCAGGAAAUGAUGACAGUCAACAGAGUGGAGAUAAUCCAGCAAAUAUCAUGACCAAAGUAAUUGACGCAGCAAAAGAAACAAUUGAAGAAUCAUUUGUAAAACCAGGAAUAAAAAUGGGUACUGCAUUACCGCGUUUUGGUGCCAAACUUAUGGGAUGA